AUUGUGGCACGCGCAGCUUCACAAAGAAAUCCCGGAUUGUCGGUGGGACCGACUGUGAGGCGGGCGAGUGGCCGUGGCAGGUCAGCUUGCACACUGGACGCGAGGGUCACACCUGCGGAGCCUCUUUGAUAUCACAGAAGUGGCUGGUGUCAGCGGCGCACUGCUUUAAAGAUCCACACGCUACCAGCCUCGCUGAACCCAAAUCGUGGACUGCAUUCUUGGGCCUUCUCGACCAGCGGGACAGGGGCAACCCCAGUGUUCAGAAACGGGGCCUCAAGCGCAUCAUCGUCAACCCAUACUUCAACGAUUUUACCUAUGACUACGACAUCGCCGUGGUGGAACUGGAUAGCCCGGUCACCUUCACCAAGUACGUCCAGCCCAUAUGUCUUCCUGAUGCCUCGCGCGAAUUCCCGGCUGGCAAGGUCCUCCACGUGACCGGAUGGGGAGCCACAGCAGAAGAAGGUUCUGGCGCUCUCAUUUUGCAAAAGGCGGAAAUCCGGGUGAUCAACCAGACUAUAUGUAAGCCGCUGUUGACCAGCCCGCUGACUCCACGGAUGAUAUGUGUCGGGGUCCUGGAGGGAGGAAUCGAUGCCUGCCAGGGUGACUCCGGCGGGCCGCUUACCAGCAUCGAGGCCAAUAACAAGAUGUAUCUGGCUGGCGUGGUGAGCUGGGGGGAAGGAUGCGCCCGACGGAACAAGCCUGGAGCCUACACCCGGGUCUCUCUGUUUCGGGACUGGGUCCGAGAGAACACAGGGGUGUAGGUGGUCGUAGCCACGGGGUGAUCCUCACGCACCUGAUUUUCCUGUGUCUGGCAUUGACAAGCUGGUGGCUGUAGACAAUCCCACAUGAUGUGAAGAGAACUCUGCAUAUCUUCUUUGCACCCGCCUUGAUUUACUUGGGGGGCGGAGGAAGAAACAAUGAGUCUAGGUUUAUCGAUCAGGUGGGCUGAGUCACCAAUUUGAAGGCCUUUCCCUCCUUCCUGGCAGUGCUUUCCGCACCCUUGGUCUCCGAGGACUGUUUGAGCAAAUCUUAUUUGAAUGUGAACUUGGUUCCCGGUGGGUUUGAAUCUAGGGGGUGGGGGAGGCUGGAACUCCACAAAGCGAUCCUACCUCUGCAUGAGCCAUACAAUGCCAGGCCUGGUGCGGGUUGUGCUUGUGAGACGAGACGGCAGCGUCCGGUGGAAAUGUGAUGGAAGAGGCUGCUGUUCAUCUAUUAAAAACCAACUUCUGUGUGUUUUUCUGGAGACCAGAUGGGAUGUUAAUGGCCCUGUGGUUUUAUAGCUAAUCUUGUACAGCCAGCACCUGUGGCUUGUUCUGUUUGCUUUCCUUUCCACACCCAGAGAGUUCCACCCUGGGAAUGUGAUUGUCACCUACACUGUUGUUAUUGUUUUUUUCCUUCAAAACUGCUGGUCAAGUGGAAGGGGCUGUCCUUAUUCUGUCUCCUUUUCCCAAUCUGCAAGAGUCCAGAAGUGGAAUUGUUAUGAGGAAACGGUGCAUCUUUUCUCUUCUGCUUUGUGGUGAGCAAUUUGCUAACUUGGUUUUCUGAGGAUGGAUAGAUGGGCACACCUAGUUUUGCUAAAGCAGUCUUUCAAGUAGGAUCAAGUCCUCACUAUUAUUUUAGUACUUCAGUUUUUUAAAAGUGUGUUGAUUUUUUUAAAAAUCCCUGCAGAUAAACCACACAUCUUUGGAGAUAAACCACAUGUCAGUGGGGGUGAUGGACUCUUGGUUACUGCCUUAUAUCUCACUCCCAGUUUUAACACUGUGUCCAGAAAUUCUUCCUUCAGCCUCAGAAGUUCCUUUGGCAUAGAUCCCCUUUUAUUAAGCAAAAUCUUUAGCAUCUGCUGCUAAACUUUGCCCGUCUUGUUGUAUACCAACAUGACUUGGAUUUAGGUCUCUUCCAUUGCUGAUUUGCUUACGGCUAGACCAUGGAGAUCAGGAAGACCCACAGUUGACAUUUGCCUUCAUUGAAUGAUCUCCGGUGCCAGCACAGUGUUCAAAGCCUCUAGGCACGAUCAUUGCUGCUCUUACGGCUGACGUAAGGCAUGCCACAGACCCUGCUGGUUUUUCAACUUUGUAAGCCUCCAAGGAUGCCUUUGUGACCCUUGCCUGUUUAGAACCAAAGAUGUGACCGUGGUGAUCCUGUUAUUUAGAUCCCAUUGACAUUUGUAGGAAUUACGCAUGCAUAACUAGCUGCAGUAUCGUUGCCUGUGGAGGCAGAGAAUUGUUCUGAAAAUCUCUGCAGUACAGAAUAGUUGGAGAUGCUCCCUUGCAGGUAUUAGGUGCAAAUGGGCUUUAGCUAGUGUUGUAGGUGUGCUAUUGUGAAUUAAAACAGAUCUUAGUUAAAAGGGCUUGGUUGCCCUUUGCAAAGCUGGGGUCUUACGCCUAAGGCUGGAAUCUUUCAAGCCUGUCACUCUCUUGAGCAAGGAGAGUAUUCAAACAGUCCCUGCUGUGGAAGCUUGAGGGCUCUCCAGGGAACACAUGAUAACCUAGCCCAUAGCUACAGUGGGGCAUCUUAAUCACAAGCCAUGCCCCACAAAGCUUGCCCUUUGAACUCAUAAAAAUAUUUUAAAAAGUUUAAAUGUAGCUGCGCCGCGCCGCCGCGCCCAGUCCUGCCUGCACCGCCUUCUUCCUCCUGAAUCCGCCCUCCCAUUAGCCGUCCCAUCCGGUCCUACCUUCUCCUGAUUUGCUGACUUGCCCCCAUGGGGGCUGGAGAGGGCUCAGGGGCAGGGGGAACCAGCUGCAGAUCCUGCAGAAGCACGCAGGAAGACCCGGCGGCCAGUGAGGCUAUGUAGUGCCCACCCCCUCCCUCUUCUCUGGUGGCAGCCUGAGUCAGGGGUGCCUCAGUGCCAGGAGCCCUGCUGGGUGACUUGAACGUUGGGUGUCCCGAGAGGGUGUUCUUGGGAAGCCCUCG